AGGCUGACAACUGUUACCCAGAGGACUUUUCUUCUGUCGCCCCCAGACUGUGGAAUGGCCUGCCGGAGGAGAUUCGUUAACUUAACACUCUCUCUGAGUUUAAGACAGCCAUAAAGACUAAUCUCUUCCGGAAGGCUUACCAGAUGAAUAAGGAAAAAGUUGCUUGUGCAUCUCUGUGUUGUUGCCAGAGCCAAAGUGAUCGGCAAGAGGAAAAGUCCCUUGUAGAGGAGUUUGGACAGACUUAAAGCAGGAAUCCUGACAUACAUGGCGACUGCAGGGAAGGUGAUUAAAUGCAAGGCUGCAAUCAUCUGGGAAGCUGGCAAAGGCGUUUCUGUUGAAGAGGUGGAGGUGGCGCCACCAAGAAAUCACGAAAUUCGAGUGAAGAUAGUGGCCACCGGGAUCUGUCGGACGGAUGAUCAUGUAUUGAAAGGUACUUUUCCUAACAUAGACUACCCGGUUAUUGUCGGCCAUGAAGGAGCUGGGAUUGUUGAAAGCGUUGGACCUGAAGUCACUUGCGUAAAACCUGGUGACAAAGUAAUUCCUCUUUGCAUUCCCCAGUGUGGAGAAUGCGGCUGCUGUUUGAGUCCUAAAGCUAACUGUUGCCUCAAGUCCCACCUCUUCAAACCUCUUCAAAACCUGAUGCCAGACAAGACCAGCAGGUUCACCUGCAAAGGGAAACAGAUUCACCACUUCCUAUGGACAAGCACCUUCUCCGAAUACACGGUUAUACCUGAAGCUGCCAUUGUAAAAAUCGACAAUGAUGCCCCUCUGGAUAAAGUCUGCCUCUUUGGCUGUGGGUUUUCUACUGGCUAUGGUGCUGCUAUCAAUUGUGCCAAAGUUGAACCUGGUUCGACGUGUGCCAUCUUUGGCUUGGGAGGUGUCGGUCUGUCAGUUGUCAUGGGCUGCAAAGCAGCUGGAGCGUCCAGAAUUAUUGGAAUUGACAUCAACAAAGAUAAGUUUGCUAAGGCCAAAGAGGUAGGAGCCACUGAGUGCAUCGCUCCUCAAGAUUUCAAGAAGCCCAUUAAUGAGGUGCUUGUGGAGAUGACUGGUCUUGGCGUGGACUUUGCAUUUGAAGUGAUUGGACGCACUGAUACCGAGGUUGCAGCUCUCGCAUCCUGCCACUUGGGGCAUGGAAUCUGCGUGUUGGUUGGGGCGCCUCCUGCAGGAUCACAACUCUCCUUCGACCCUACUCUUCUCCUCACAGGGAAGAAGCUGAUUGGUUGUUUGAUUGGAGGUUGGAAGUUAAAAGAUGCACUCCCUAAACUGGUUUCUGAUUACAUGAAAAAUAAAUUUAAUACGGACGCAUUAAUAUCUCACGUAUUACCAUUUGAGAAAAUUGGGGAAGGCUUUGAGCUUCUCUACUCUGGUAAAAGUAUUCGCUCUGUCUUGUUGUUUUAAUGAAGCUGCAGAUCCUUUCCAUACCUGACCAAAUUCAACAGAAUUACAACUAAUGCUAACGUUUAUCUGUAUCAAACCUGCUGAGGUUUACAACCAAUAAAGUGUGGCAGGCUGAUGUGAAAAACAUUUAGACCCUAUUCUCCUAGCCAGAUUCCAAAUCCAAAAAUAAGCCCUCCUUAGAGAAAAAAAUAUCUGCGGCAUCUUUGCUUGCAAUCAUCCCCAUGCCUCCUUCCUAGUUGAUAAGCACUUUGAAGAAGUUGUUGUGUUACUUUUGAAACAGACUACUGGCUUGACAUUUCAAGAGUGGAAGCAACAUGGUACCCUCCAUUUGUUUUGGACUACAACUCCCAUAAUCCCUGACCACUGACUUUGCUGGCUGGGAGUUGUGGGAGUUGUAGUCCAAAACAUCUGGAAGGCACCAGGUUACCUCUUUGCAGAUGAGAGCCCUUAUCUGCUAAUUGUGUAAUGCACUUUUUUGAGAAUGGGUGGUGGCAGCAGCAAUAUAGAGACUAUUUCCCUUUCAAGGAUUGAUUCAAGUUUUGUUUUGUUUUUUGGCACAAAGAUGCAUUUAACUGUGUAAAUAAAUAUUCUAAUGAACUCCCAUUUGUGACACCUCCUUUAGCUGUGUGCAUAUAUAUUUAGCUGUGUAACCCUUAACCAUUUCAAAGCUGAAACCUGAACUUGACAGCUUUAAGCCAGUCAGAAGAGUGGUUUCUUUUAACUUGUAACACUGGCCUAAGGAUAUACUUGUAAAUAUAUUGUGAUAUAUUCAAUGCUGGAACAUGGUCUUAUCUAUAGCCAGGUGCUUUAAAAAUAUUCUUUAAGAAGUAGUAAACAAAGUAAACAAGCCACUACUGGCCCAAAGAAACAACAUUCACCUUCUGUGGUAUUUUCCAUUCUUAUUGCUGAAGAUCUAAACAUUAAAAAAAAAACCACCCUCCAACAAAAAUAGCAAAAAAGCUGCAUUUUAAGCAAUUGACUGUGCAUUUUUUUAAAAAAGUUCAAAUAUCUUGUUAUUAAAACAAUAUCCGACUGAACUACUGAAAUGUUUGCAUUGUCAGUUCAUUUAACAGGGAUAUAAGCUUAGAUUUAGGGGGGAAAGAAAGCAGUCUUGCCUGUGAAUCAUUGUAUGUAGAGGUUAGAAUGCUGGACUGGAACUUGGGAAAUUUGGGUUCUAUUCUUCACUCUAGCAUGAAUCUCACUGGGCGACUCUGAGCCAGUCAUUGGCCCCAUUCAGAUAACAUGCUAAACCAUGCUGCUUAACCACAAAAUGGUUAACGGAAUGCAUUAACCUUAAUUGUGGACUCAGUUCCCAUGAUCGCAGUGUGGUUAACAAGCUACAGUGGCUUGUUAACCCUCCUUUAUUACCCUCACUGGUGCAGCUUGCUGUGUUGUCUGAACUCGGACGGCAUGGCUAGUUUGAGGGGACAGCAACCCUCAAAUAACUCAUAAACUCAACCCUCAAAUCAUCCAUGGAAGACACAGCAAGGUGUGCCAGCAAGGGUGCUUAGUGAAAAUCUGACCGGCAAGCGUGGCGGGGAAAACGAACCACCCCCAUGGCUUAUUUCCCUCACUGCAAUCGUACACACUGCCCCACUGACUCUCAUCCUAACCUAUGUCCAGGGUUGUUGUGAGGAUGAAAUGGAGAAGAGGAAGACUAUGUACACUGCCUUGGACUCCUUGGAAGAAAAGCAGGAUGGAAAUGUAACAAAUACAGACCUGAUUUACAGUGGCAAAUCUGAUGAUGAAUAGCCAGUUGAAAGGAUCAGGAAACAAAUGACAUGAAAGACCCCUCCGCCAGAGACCCUGGAGGAGAAGGGAGGGGGCUUUGCAAAUCUGAGUAGACAGUUCUGACCUGGGUGGUCCUUAUAUAAGGCAGUGCCCUAAUAUACUGAAUAUAUUACUUUUCAUUUGUGCUUUUGUAGAGAGAGAUGGGAUUUGGAUUCUGGUCAAUAAUAAAAAAGAUGACUUUACCUA